UCCUUAUACACCUGGAGACAGCGCCAAUACAAUUUCUUUUGUUUAGCUUUUCUCAAUUUCAUCUUCAAUAUAGUAAGAAUUAUCGACAGUGGAUAACAGGUGGCUUGACAGGAACUGAGAGUCAAAAUGAUUUCCCACCCACAGGCUCUGCCAGGAUUUUGCUAAUUCUUUACUGUAUGUGCUGGCUUUCUCAUCUUUACCAAGAACAGCAACAGGAUUCUAUUGAUUCAAAUACCUGAAGCACCAGCUAUUAUGCUGCUCCUAAAAUCUUAGCUUACAUGGUUUGAAUAGGAAUUGUUGGCAUUCAGCAACAGUGAAACAAAUAUAAAAAAGACACUGAAAAGGCAAAGCCUGCUGUGACACUGCUCAACUCUUACCGGGAAACUUAGUUCUUUGUGAGCAAAGCCAGCCCUGCCUGGUAACCAUUGCUCUGCAGGGAGCUAGCUGCAUUCAGGCUGGAAGAGGUUACUUCACGAAACCCUCCCUCAUCAUCUGCCUGCAGCAUGUUACUGAGCUGUCAGCAUGUGUGAAUGAAUCCUAACCGGAAGGCAAACGUUUCAGCCAACUCGGUAAAAAGUAAUUUUAAUUUCUUCACCAGCUUGCAUGUUUUCUGUAGCAACAGUUAAGUGUUUUGCCUGCAAGCAAGAGAUGUAUCAGGAAUAGAGUUCUGACAUUGUAGCAACUGUAUUACAGGAAAACAGAACGCCACAAUGAUUAGAAAUCCUGAUCUGCACUCCUUCGUGUGUUGUGCUACAUGUUCAAAAAUAGUACCACCGCCACCUUCCAACACUACUUUUGGUCGGAUUCGGGAGUAUAAGCCUUUCAUAACACGGUAUUACACUCAUCAUGAUAUACUGGAGAUUGGAGCACAUGUUGAACAAGAAAAACAUGAAAAGAAGGAGGCAGAGGCACAAGAGUGCAUUGAAAAAAUGAAAGCUGAAAUUUGGUCCCAGGCUGAAACACUCAAGGAAGAUGCAGUGGAAAAAGCCCUCAACGAGGCAGCCGCUAAACACAGUGCAUUUGUACACGACCUUCAAAAAAACUUUGAAAAGAAAUUGAAGGAAGAGGUGAUGAAGGCAAAGGCAGAGAUGCAGCGGUACAUGGAAGAACAGCAGAAGAGAGAGGUAGAAGCUGCAGAGCAACGCAUGGCUCACAGACUUCAGAGGAUCCUCAUAGAGUGUGCCCAGGACAAGACACGAGCUGUGGCCAAAGCCAGAAAACAGGAGAGGGAGGCAGCCUUUCAGGAAGCAGCCACUCUGCGCAGAAUGUGCUCAGAACAACUUAAAGAAGAAAUUAGAUUAGCUGAGGAACAAUAUCAUAAGAGUAUAGAGCAAUUAAAAAAAGAAAAAGAUCGUGAGAUUCAUAUUGUCCGGAGUAUCAUACAAAAAGAGAGUGAGACUGAGACUGAAAAACAGCCUGAAAAAGCAGAGACUUUACAGGCUGGUGAGCUGGAAAAUGUUACAGUUACGCUGAAAGCAGCAGAAGAACAGAUAAAGACUCUCACACAAGAACUAGAAAAGGUGACAGAAUGGAAGGACAUCCUGGAAAAUGAAAUACAAGCAACAAGACAAACCUUUCAAAAGUAUAUUGAUGCCACAUUUCCUAGCCUGUCCCUUGGACAAGCAGAUUUUAUUUUGCCAUUCAGGGAAGCAUUUCAGCAGAAGGACACACCAGAAGCAUCAGAGGACAGUGACAGUAUAGGAGAACUAGUAUCCAAAGUGUGAGGUUCACAGCCAUGGGUAAACAGAACUACAAACAGGCAAUGCUGAAAAAUAAAGUCAUCUGCUCAUUGUAUUGCAUUAUUGUGGUUUGAAUGAUACAGAGAAAAAUUACUAUCACUGUAUUAAAUAAUUGGUGAGCCAUGCUGAGAAAUUAUCCAUUAAUUUUUGUUUUGCAAAUGCUAGGGCAGAGGUUGGAACACGUAACACUUGAGGAGCUUCCCACUGAGUCCUUCUUGAGAAGGAAAAAGGCAGAAAAAUCUAAGCAGAAAAUCUCAGUUAACCACGAGCGCUUGGACUUUGAGGACUGUUGGCUCUGCCCCUGAAUAGUCAGGUGUGGAAUAAGACACACAGGCUUUGAACAACCUCACCUCAGGUUCUGAGAUUUACAGGGUGGUUAUUCAAUGCAAUGGUGUGUAUGUCUAUGUAAAGUCCCUGAAAGUGAGUGGCUACAUGAUCUGAAAACUCACCUGGCUUGAGAGACAGCUUUUGAGCAAAAAGUGUGUGCCAGCAGGCAUGCAAAAUAAUUUUCCCUUGGGAGGACUCAGGUUUAUCUAUUUACACGUGCUUGAAGCCUGCAUGGCUUUAGGCCAGCCUCAGUACACUGAUUUGUUCCAAGAUUCUGCCUGCCGAAACAGCAGAUUUCAAUAUGCCUUCACUGUGUAAUAAGACUUCCCACAGCAUUUGCUUAAUAUUCACUAAAGCUUUAUGUCUGUCUUGUUACCUGUUCAUCUAAAACCACUGCACAGCAUCUUGAGUGUAGCUGAAGAAUGUAAAGGAGCUGGUAUUUACUGUAGGUGAUAGAAAGUAUAAUAUGGUGAAGGAACCUGUCUAUAGGUAUCUCAUUUAAAAGAUUUUUUAAGAGAGCAGUCUGUGCAACCAUCUUUUCCUCAUGCUCAAAAACAACCCCAGAAAACCAAAAAGCAGAAUAAUCUCAUAGAUAUCCAUCACUCUACCAAACUAAGAAGUGAAGACAAGUGAAGUCACUGGUUUCUUGUGAAACAGUUUAAUUCAUAUAAAAUAUUUUGAGCAGAUAUUUGGCAGGCUCUGGCACUAUUUCUGACCUAAAUACCUGUAAAACCUUACUCCACUGAAUUGUGGAAGCUCUUGCUGUGGAGAGCUGAUGCUCCCUGUUCAUUUUCCCUCUUAAGUUUGCAAUGAAAAGAACCCAAACUUCAUGUUCACGGCUGUCUAAUCAAACGGAUAAACUGCUCAGAACCCAAGACAAAACUUGUGUUUGCAGCUUAAAAGCCCAUCAACAGUCUGAAAUACUCCAUAAGAUCUAUAAACCAUUUUCUAAAGAAAGCAUUUACAUAUGCAUUAAGCAUAAAAGUCUUUUGAAACUACAGGAGUAAAGUACUGGAACUAAAGUACUAGCAGCAGCAUCAUGCAAUAUCUAAAGCUGGUGAACACUCUGUUGGGUUAGCUGGUUAAAGGCUCACCUCAGUACACACUGAGGAGCCCAGGGGAAGAUGCAGCUGGGAGAACACUAGCAAACCAGUCAGAGGAAUAAAUCCCCAAUCCAGCCCCUCCCAGGUCAUCCCAGGAGAGUGUUAGCUCCAUGGACUGGGAGUGAGACCCAGCACCACAAGUCAAUUGGAGAGCCUUUCUGGAGAACCUUGCAGACUGAGGAUGGAUACAGCCUGGA